CCCGUGACGUCAUCUCCGGGCGCCGAGGGUGACUAGACUUGCGGUGGGCUUCCAGAGCUCCGCAGCGCUGCCGGCUGCGCUGCCUGGAUCCAGGAGGGCGGAAGUGCAGCAGGGCUCGGCUCCGACCUCUGUGCCGGUGCUUUCUGCGGCUGCGCGGGCCCUGGGGGACUGCUGCUCCGGCUCCUCUGCGGGACACACUGUGUCAGGCGGGCAGCCUGCCCUGCCUCCCCUCCGGAGCUCAUCAGUCUUGUGUCUCCAUCGCUGCGGGAAGCCGGAGAAGGAGCCGGCGCUUCGGUUUGGCUUUGGUUGAACAAAGAAUUUAGCCUAUAUGUACUGCUUUAACCACUGGAAGAAUGACAGAUGACAAAGAUGUGCUUCGAGAUGUGUGGUUUGGACGGAUUCCAACUUGCUUCACUCUGUGUCAGGAUGAAAUAACUGAAAGGGAAGCAGAACCAUACUAUUUGCUAUUGCCAAGAGUAAGUUAUUUGACGUUGGUAACUGACAAAGUGAAAAAGCACUUUCAGAAGGUUAUGAGACAAGAAGACAUUAGUGAGAUAUGGUUUGAAUAUGAAGGCACACCACUGAAAUGAAUUUUCCAGAAAAGGACCUUCUGCACUGUCCAUCUAAGGAUGCAAUUGAAGCUCAUUUUAUGUCUUGUAUGAAAGAAGCUGAUGCUUUAAAGCAUAAAAGUCAAGUAAUUAAUGAAAUGCAGAAAAAAGAUCACAAGCAGCUGUGGAUGGGAUUACAAAAUGACAGAUUUGACCAGUUUUGGGCCAUCAAUCGCAAACUCAUGGAAUAUCCUGCAGAAGAAAGUGGAUUUCGUUAUAUCCCAUUUAGAAUAUAUCAGACGACGACUGAACGACCUUUCAUUCAGAAGCUGUUUCGUCCUGUGGCUGCAGAUGGACAGCUGCAUACACUUGGCGAUCUCCUCAAAGAAGUGUGUCCUUCCGCAAUUGCUCCUGAAGAUGGGGGAAAAAAGAAUCAAGUGAUGAUUCAUGGAAUUGAGCCAAUGUUGGAAACGCCUCUCCAGUGGCUGAGUGAGCAUCUGAGCUACCCGGAUAACUUUCUUCAUAUUAGUAUCAUCCCACAGCCGACAGAUUGAAGGAUCAACCGUUUUGCCUGAACGGAAUCACCCUGAGCUGACCGGAGCAUGUCACCCUUCUGCUGCAAUCAGGUUCGGUGGAGGCACCCUGACCAGAAACACUUGGCUGCUGUGAGCCAAACAGGAAAAAGAUUCCCUGAGAGAUAAGGCGGUCGGGCUGCUCUGACUCUGCAUCAUCACUGCUUUCCUCCACUGUCGUCAUGAAACCUCAGCUGCGACAGGAAGGCCCUCAGAGGACCCCUGCAGGCCCUCUGUCUGCUUGUAAAGCUUCAUGAAGCUGAAACCUUGGGCCUGAGAAGAAAAUGGAAAUGUGUGCCACUCGAUGUGUAUUUCUGAUUAACAAACAAACAGGGGUAUUUCCUAAGGUGACCAUGGUUGAACUUUAGCUCCAGAGAGUGGAAACAUUGGUUUAAUUUUCAAGAGAAUUAGACUUAAGAAAGUAAAAGAGAAAUUCUGUUAUCAAUAACUUGCAGUAAUUUUUUGUAAAAGAUCAAAUUACAGUAAACCCAUCUUUCCUUAAUGAAAAUUUCCUAUGUUUACAGUCUGUCUCUUGGUAUGCAAACAAUCUUGUAACUUUGAUAAUGAACAGUGAGAGAUUUUUAAAUAAAACCUCUAAAUAUGUUUUGUCAUUUAAUAACAUA